AAAAAAUUAGGGCUUCCUUUCGUAAUUAGGAUUAGGGUUUUCCUUGUUAUUUAGGGUUUACCUUUUAUUGUUUCCUAGUACAAUUUGGAUGUGGCAGCAAUAUAAACCCUAUCCUGUUUUUCUAUUGUGGUAUUGAGACAAAUUUGUGACCUUUAUCAAUCCGUUGGAUUCCACUACUCUUGUGCUGUUGAUUUACGAAGUUGAUCUAAGACUCUCUGUAUUUUCCUCUGCGUAUUUAAUUAUCAUCGCGAGAUGACCAGCGAAGAAAUUGAAAUUCCCUCCGGAGUGGAAGCAGCAACCCCAAUUAACGGAGGAGCUGAAGAAACCGCUACACCAGCAGCCUUCCGCUGCAAGAAAUGCCGAAGAGUUGUUGCAUCGCAGGACAAUGUUCUGGAUCACAAACCGGGCGAGGGAGAGCAAUCGUGGCGGCGCAAACCCAAAAGUGGCGGUGGUGAUGGCGGCAGCUCGAAGUCGGAGGAGGAGGGUUCAAAAUAUUGUUCGUCGAUUUUUGUGGACGAGCCUCCAAUGUGGAUGAAGACGGCGGUCGGAGAAGGUGCAGUGGAGGGGAAGUUGUACUGCGGACAUUGUAAGUCUCGGUUGGGUUGCUUCAAUUGGGCAGGCACCCAAUGCAGUUGCGGUGCGUGGAUCACCCCCGCCUUUCAGCUCCAUAAAAGCCGGCUCGACAUAUGAUAUCGAUCAACCUCACAAAGCAAAAGCUUGGCAUCAAAAUAAAUAAUUAUACCACUAAAUCAAUGUUUAGGAAAUUAUAUAUAUAUAUAUAUAUUAAUAUUGGCACCUACAAGUUCAUUGUGUCCCUUUACUAUAUUAUUGAUCUUGAACAAAAAUCAACAAAUUGGUUGUUAUUGUAAGUGCUUUUCUUCGGCACAAGGAAUACUGGGGCUGGGGAAGGGGGACGAGACUCAAGAGUGCCCAUCAAGUGCUCGUUGAAAUGCUUUGUUUGGUAGAUCUGGGCAACACGUGUUGGACUUGUUGCAAACACUUGUCAUUGGCAUAUGUCGACAAAUUCACUCGGGACCAGGCGACAUACUCAAUGAUCAGAAGUUGUCGGCAUAUGUGAAAGGCUACUCGAAAGUUGUCAGCAUCUGUCAACAAGCGUGUAGCAUUAUUUGACAAAUGAUUAUAUGUUUAUCAAGUACUCGAUGAAAUGUUUUAAUUAAAUAAGUGAUGUACCAAAUUAACAUUCAUCGAAAUAAAUUUUAAUUCACUUUUUA